AUGCCUUGGGCAACUCUAGUUUGUCUGGGAUUGCACAUGACCUCAAUAUAUUCUGUUGCUAAUCCGGCUUUCACGCACGUCACUCAGGCGUGUGUGUCAAUUUUGCCUUUAUUACAGGAGCAAGUGGCUGACAUCAGUCGUUCACUGCGAAGCCGCAUUCCCGCUCUUUCACGAGUACUCCCACCGCGCAUGAAUCCGAUCUCUCUGACCGGCACCUUCCCCGAUACCGUCGCAGCAAUCGUUAUAUCUCUCCUUCUUUUCAACACUAUGGUUCCCAUGAUUUUGUUGCAGACGACGCCGCCGUAUUUGGUGACAGCUUUAGAUAAGGCUCUCCGGGAGGCCUCCACACUAGAGGGAGUGCUAGAACUACGAAAUGAGCACUUUUGGACGAUCGGAUUUGGUGUGCUCGUGGGAAGCCUCUACGUGCGUGUUAGACGCGAUGCUUCAGACCAGCUCGUUCUAGCUCAUGUUACAAAACGUCUUCAUCCUCUCGUUAAGCACCUCACCAUCCAGGUACACUCACUCAUGCUUUGUCUUCAACUUGGCUUCGCAACGAAUGCACGAAGAACUUGUCCUAAGAGAAAUAGCUUAAGAAUUCACACUGUUCUAUCCGUCCAGAUGAUUGACAUUCUAAAGAACCGUUCAUUCCUUUAG